UGACUCCGGUCCCUGAGCACAGGGCUUUGCGCAUGCGUGCUGUGUUGGCUCUUGCAGUCGUUUGCUGCUUUCACUGACAAGAGCGGAAGGUUGUGUUUCAGAAUUAUCACUGGUUCCAAGUGUAUUAAUACGUUGCAUUAUUGUGAACAGGAUCUAUCUGCCUCCAUUGCGUGCAGCCCUAUUGUUUUCUCUCUCUCCCCCUUUCAGCCAGAGGAUUGCAGACACUGACUUUCCUGUUACUGUUUGCUUAGAAGAGGCAAAAAGUGACCAAUACAAUAGAACCGAGCUUCAGGCUUAAAAAUGACCACAUCAUGGAGUGAUCGUCUUCAGAAUGCGGCAGAUCUUCCUGCCAACAUGGAUGGCCACGCGAUGAAGAAGUAUCGGCGAGAGGCUUAUCACAGGGUCUUUGUGAAUAGAAGCCUAGCCAUGGAAAAGAUCAAAUGCUUCGGAUUUGAUAUGGAUUAUACACUUGCUGUAUACAAGUCUCCCGAGUAUGAAUCUCUUGGCUUUGACCUGACUGUGGAAAGACUGGUAUCUAUCGGCUAUCCCCAAGAGCUUUCAAGCUUUGUCUAUGACCCAACUUUCCCCACCAGAGGUUUGGUGUUUGAUACUACAUAUGGAAACCUUCUGAAGGUUGAUGCCUAUGGCAAUAUUCUGGUCUGUGCUCAUGGAUUCAACUUCAUGAGAGGACCAGACAUAAGGGAACAGUAUCCAAAUAAAUUUAUUCAGAGAGAUGACACAGACCGGUUCUACAUCCUGAACACGCUGUUUAAUUUACCAGAGACCUACCUACUUGCUUGUUUAGUAGAUUUCUUCACAAACUGUGACCGCUACACAAGCUGUGAAAAGGGGUUUAAAAAUGGAGAUCUCUUCAUGUCAUUCCGCAGCAUGUUCCAAGAUGUCAGGGAUGCUGUUGACUGGGUUCAUUACAAGGGAUCCCUCAAGGAGAAGACUCUGGAGAAUUUGCCGAAAUAUGUUGUUAAAGAUUCAAAGCUGUCCCUCUUGCUGAGUCGCAUGAAUGAAGUGGGGAAGAUUUUCUUGGUCACAAACAGCGACUAUAAGUAUACCCAUAAAAUUAUGAAUUACCUGUUUGACUUCUCACAUGGAUCAAAGCUUGGAAGCCCACAUCAGCCAUGGCAAUCCUAUUUUGACUUGAUCUUAGUGGAUGCAAGGAAGCCUGUCUUUUUUGGGGAAGGAACGGUACUGAGACAAGUGGAUACUAACACUGGCAAGCUGAAAAUUGGAACUUACACAGGACCUUUACAGCAUGGAAUUAUCUAUUCAGGAGGCUCUUCGGAUAUUGUGUGUGAUUUGCUUGGGGCGAAGGGUAAAGAUAUACUGUACAUCGGGGAUCAUAUCUUUGGAGACAUUUUGAAGUCCAAGAAGCGCCAGGGUUGGAGAACAUUCCUGGUCAUCCCGGAGCUGGCGCAAGAGCUUCACGUCUGGACCGACAAAAGCUCGCUGUUUGAAGAGCUCCAGAGUUUGGAUAUCUUCCUGUCAGAACUCUAUAAGCAUCUGGACAGUAGCAGCAAUGAGAGACCCGACAUCAGCUCCAUCCAGAGGCGAAUUAAGAAAGUUACCCAUGACAUGGACAUGUGCUACGGGAUGAUGGGAAGUCUCUUCCGCAGUGGCUCUCGCCAGACUCUGUUUGCCAGUCAGGUGAUGCGUUAUGCAGAUCUCUAUGCGGCCUCUUUCAUCAAUCUCCUGUAUUAUCCAUUCAGCUACCUCUUCAGAGCCGCACACGUCUUGAUGCCCCAUGAAUCUACAGUGGAGCAUAUUCACAUGGAUAUUAAUGAGUCCGAGUCACCAAUGGCCACACGGAACCGCAGCUCCUUGGACUUCAAAGAUUCCGAUUUUAAACGGCAUCAGCUUACUCGGUCCAUCAGUGAGAUCAAACCGCCCAACCUCUUCCCGCUGGUGCCCCAGGAAAUCACACACUGCCAUGAUGAGGAUGAUGAUGAGGAGGAGGAAGAGGAGGAGGAGGAAGAAUAGGAUGUGUCAUACAAGUAUUAUCCUGAAAAGGAUCAGCAGCAGUUCCCCGUAAUAUACAGUGAAACGUUUCCUAUUAUGGGACAAAUUUCCAUACACAGAAAAAUUAUUUUUUCUGUUUUAUAUAUAUAUAUUUUUUUGUUAAUCCCGUCCAACAGUUAUAAAUGCAAGCCGGUAUUUGCACUUAAUUACUCCCAAGUUGUACAUAUCUGUCGUAGAGUACUAAGUUAUCCGGACCUCUCUUAUGAGAGACAUGGCACAGUAUUUACUACUUACAGUUUGGUAUUGUAGUCUUUACGUCCGAUGCCAUCCUGCAACGUGUUGUCUACAAAGAUCUUUAAUAAAAAGAGACGAUUCUGCUCAGCACACGGGGCAGAGUUAGUUUAUUUCAAUAUAGACGCUACAGUUAUUUAGUUCUGACGACAAUACUAAAUUUGUCAUUUGUUCUAUGCUGGACUGUAGGCGAAUUGGCUCCAGUGUGUUGCACAUACAGAGUUGCAGUUCAUGGAUAAGAACGAUGUGGUUCCGCCAGCUUCUCAUAGUAACGGACUCUAGCAGUGACCAAGUUCUGGUGGACGACCCUUUCCUGCUAUUCAGAAGGAACAUGCAUGUUUUCCUAUCCGCUGCUGGAAAAUCUUACGCAUCACUUGUAGCAGCCAGUUUGUCAGUGAUCUAAUAGUAAUAGGAAUAUUGCCCAUCAGUUCGCCAGGAACUAGCCACUGAGAACUGUGCUCCAGUGAUCUCGCUAGUUUGUAGUGAAUUCAUUGGCUGGAUUUUUUGCAACAUCAGUAGAGCCGACCGUAUGGUUCCCUCUCCCGUGUGUAGACAAUAGGGGCACCAUAGAGGCAGACACAGCUACUGUAGAGGUCUGAAUUCUGCAUUGUGUAGCAAAGCUUGUGCAUUUUUAUUUUAUUUAGGUUUUUUUGAAGCUGUGAUAUUUGUUUUGAUGUAUAAAGAGUAGCUAUUUCCAAAAGUUAUAUACAAUCAAAACACAAUAACAUGUUAAAGUAACAUGUUCAGUGAAGACACUGCUAGGAUCCUAUGCAGCUGCAUUGAAAUGCAUUUUGUCCUCUUACGUUCUCCACUGUAAUCACUAUAAGGUUUCAUGCUAAGGAAAAUACUUGCAUUCAGAUAUAUAGUACAGCACGCCAGAAUUCUGAUCAGUGUCGGGAUUCCAGCUUCGGUCUUUUGAUAGCCGGCAUCUCGACCGCCGGGCUCCUGACCGGAUCUCUUAGAAUGAAGCCGUUUUUACCGAAGCAGCCCAAUGGUAGACUGCGCAGGUCUAAGCACUUGUGUCUGUCACAGAAAUCUCUGCAGUGGCCAUUCUCCAUGGCAUGGGUAAUUUAUGCACACGUCAUAGCAUUUGGUCUCCGCACUGGUGUAGUAUACUUGUAUCUUCAUACCAUCCUCCUCCGUAUCCUAAACUGUUCAGGACACUUUAUAAUGUUAUGAUCUAUAUUGUAGUAAUUUUAUGAAAGCUGGAGAAAAAAGAAAAAAGGCGUUGAUAUAAGCAACUACUUAAGGUCUAACUGUUACCUGGGCAACCAUCCGGUUAGUUGCUGUGGACUGUAGUGUCUAAGUUUCCUUGCAGUUAAGAAACGCUUCUUGGAUCCCCAUCAUGCCAUUUGUAUCGUUCUUUCAUGAACGGCUGUCCUUGUUUUACUGUACAUACAGCCAGUUUUGGUUUUCAUUCUUACAUUUUAGUGGGUUUUUAAUGAGUUCUUUGUGGUUUUUUAAUUGCAAAGAUAAACUUUGCACCUACAUCUGUUUACCUACAGGAGCUUUUACUACAGGUGAGGUACACUUGUUCAACCAGGUUUGCUGCGUUUAUGUUUAUUAAAAGUGACCAAUAUAGUAUAUUAUUUCAGCCUUGUUUUUGUAGAAGCCCUUUUAGAUCUUCAAAUACAUUGUGAGAUUGCAAGGUGUACAAUGGGAUUUUACCCUUACGGUAUAUCAUUUCUUUGGCGUUUUUAAGACAUAUUAUCUUCUUAAUGGGAUUUACACAUCUUGCCUAAAUGACCGUUUAGGUUACAGUUUGAACUGUGUGGAAUCUUUGGUGCACAUUAGAUUUGUACUAGUCAUUAGAAUCUUUUUACAUAUUGUUAUUUUAGAGUUAGGCGACCUGUGUCUCUCAGCUACUGUACUAUUAUGCAGCGGGGGGGCUGGCAGGACACAGUGGAAGUAGUAGGUCUGUCACAGGUUGAACAGUAGGCGUACCCUACGUAAAGUCAUUACACGUUACUCUAGAACACUUUACUGGUGCCUCUGAUCCAUUACUUUGUUAUUUAACCAUGCAUGCUUUUAUCAUAAUGAUGAUUUUAUAAUAAUGUUUUGUUUUUGUUUGAAAGAUAGCACAUUUUACAUAUGUAUAUUCAGUUGUUUGUAUUGCUUUCACCCUUAUACAUUAAUGUAUACUGUGAAAUACUGCCCAUUGAUAUUGUGGGGAUUAUUUGGGCAUGGCUGUAUAAUCUUAGAUAAGUUCUGUGAAUUUUUUUGGGGGGGGGGUCUUUUACCCCAGUGCUGCAGCAGGAAUGAAUUAUGGGUUUAGAACAGAGUGAUGUAUGCCAGUUAUGGCAGUUUUCAUAGCCCCCAGAAUGAUCAAGCAUGACCCUGGACACUUUGCCAGUGCUCUUUGUCUAUUCUACAGAAUACAGACAUUGUUGAGUAUCUGACGCUAUCCAUUACCCACUCACACAUAUAUGUAUAGACUGAUUCCUAAUCGGACUCUUCAGCUGUGAUUUGAUUAUAUAGGGAAGAGUUACUCUAUAAUUUUCCAGGUUAAUCUUGAUAACAUCUUCUCUACAAAAAGGAGAAUAGACAAUUGAUAUGAAAGCAGUAUAGCCCAUUUACAUUUGUUCCUGCUGAAGACUUCAUGACAAUAUUGACCCCAGAGAAACAAGCAUCCUCCAUAUUCUCCAAAACAAAUGCUUUCUUUAUGUCACCCACCAGCAAAUAGAAUGAUGCUCUGCUCGGAGCAGGAGAACGCUGGCGGUGAACGUAUAUACAGUAUGUAAUAAUGAAAAUAACCAACCGUGUAAACAGCCACUAAUGUGUCUUAGUUGUAUAUUCCCUGAAGUCAGUUUUUCUCUGCAUUGUUUAAUGUACUCACAUCUCACUCAUUACCCGAGUUGAACCAGUAUUCUGCCUAUUGCUGUAAUGGUAACUGGGGAGAUCAAUGAGGCAUGAGUUUCCAAGUGAAUUAAUAAGCUGGACAUUUGUUCAGCUCACACAAUGCCUUCUUUCACUAUGUGUAGGCGAUGGGUCUACUUUAGUGUAUGUUUCUCCCUUUACAGAAAUACAAUAUGGGGUAAUCACACAUGGGGUGCUUUCGAUACCAGCUGGAAUUUCAAUGAAGGAAUAAUCUACAAAGCACAUAUUGUUGUGUAUCUGAAAAUGACACAAUGAAAAAGGUCACCUCAGCUGUUAUUGUUAUAUGUACUGUAUACGUGCAUUUUGUAACUGGGGUGGGGGAACCCAAUCCGACCUUCUAUUUCUAUGUACAGUGCUGCAGAGAAUUUUCUACAACUGACUGGCAUGAAUCUUGUUUGAAAAAUACAGCUAAUUUUUAACAGUGACUUUUGUUUUCCUUUAAGUUUGAUAUUCUCAUCUGGAAUUGGUUCAUAUCCUUCACCAGUUUGUAAAUUAUGCUAUACUGUAUCACCAAUAAAGUUUAAGAAAUUAACCUUUUAA